CAGAUGACCUUGUCAGAAAACUGACCUCACAGCCUGUCACUCUCUACAAAGAGAGGAUCUGAGGGAACAGGACUAAACUGUAAGAGGACAGAAAAGCAAUCAACCAUCUGCUUGCAGCAAAUGAAUGUAGAUCCGUCAGAUGAUGAAGCUAGUGAGAAGACAAGUGAUGAGAGGAGAGCAAGGCAUCAGGAUUCAGAUUCCAAACCUGCUGUAACAAAGAAAAGAAAACAGCCUACAGAGUGUUUUCUAACUCAGCCUGAAGAAAAACAGGAGAGCAGUGUAAAAGCAAAGAAGAGAAAGAAGAAGAAGAUUUCUGAUAUUCUGGAAAAAUCCUCUCCAAAACCUGGUGUCCCUGAAGAUCUACAGAACCUGCUCAGUCAACAUUUUGCUGCAAAACGUUCAGUGAUUGAACUGGAGGAAUUAAAACUGUCAGAUUCCUGCUUUUUGCCACCCAAUGAUCUCACCCACAGUUUUUCUUCAUACCUGAAGGAAAUAUGUCCUAAAUGGGCAAAACUUCGUAAAAACCACAAGGAGACAAAGUCAGUGGUGAUGCUGGUUAUCUGCAGUUCUGCGCUUCGUUCCUUGGAACUCAUCAAGUCAAUGGCAGCAUUUAAAGGAGACUGCAGAGUUCUGAAAUUGUUUGCAAAGCACAUAAAGAUAAAAGAACAGAUGACUAUGUUGGAAAAAGGCAUCUUCCACAUUGGAGUGGGAACUCCUGGGAGAAUAAAAGCGCUAGUGGAGCAAGAUGGCCUGUGCCUGAGUGCCACGAAGUAUAUGAUUCUGGACUGGAACUGGAGAGAUCAGAAACUAAGGAGAAUGAUGGAUAUCCCUGAGAUAAAGAAAGAAACAAUUGACCUGCUGGAGAUGAGUAUUAUAAAGCUGUGCAGAGAGGGAUCUGUGAAGCUGGGACUCUUUUAAUGAUUUUAUCAACAAGAAAGUAGUCUGCAAUUGUAAUUUACUACUAUUCUGUCUGCAAUUGGCAAGUGAUCAGUGGGUGACUGAAUUAAGAAUUUUGGCUUUUGUUGCUUGUGUAAUAAAAGUUUUUCAUACUAAAACUACAGACAAAAUAUGUUUUAUUAUUAAAAGAAAGGAUACUCAUAAAAAGUUGCAAUGUGAUAUUGCAAUUAGAUGUACAUUGCAUUCACUUGUUAGAUUUACUAUUUUAUGUCACUUACAAGACAUUUAAGAUGAGUGAACAUAGGUCUGAAAGUCUUCCCAUUGCUCAAUUCCCUGAUACCUCCUCCUGCUGUCCCAAAGGAGACAUUCGCUUCUCUCAUGAGUGUUAAGCCAAUCUCUACUAGUUCUUGCUUUAAAGAGGGUCUUUAACAGUGUUUUGUGAAUUUAUAUUUUUCACCUGUCCUACACUUGGCCAAAUGCUAUUUUUUGGUAUUACAUGAUAAAUCAAAAGAUCUGUGCAUUAAA